AUGUUUUUUCUGAAUCACCUGGCCCUCGUGGCUGCGAGUCUGUUGGCUGGUUCUGUCAAUGCAUAUACAUCCCAAACGUUUACGUGGAAGAAUGUCAGGAUUGGAGGCGGUGGAGGAUUCGUCCCUGGAAUUGUAUUCAACCCAACUACAAAAGGUCUUGCGUACGCACGAACAGACAUCGGAGGCGCGUAUCGUCUGAAUGCAGAUGAUACCUGGACUCCGCUAACUGAUUUCGCAAAUAACACGAACUGGCACGAUUGGGGGAUUGACGCUCUCGCCACGGACCCAGUUGAGACGAAUCGUCUUUAUCUCGCUGUGGGCAUGUAUACGAUUGACUGGGAUCCAAACGUAGGGUCUAUCUUGCGCUCUACCGAUCAAGGAGCUACGUUCUCUGAGACUAAACUGCCGUUCAAAGUCGGUGGUAAUAUGCCAGGUCGUGGAGUCGGUGAACGUCUUUCGGUUGAUCCUAAUGAGAACAGUAUUCUUUAUUUUGGUGCGAGAAGUGGCAAUGGGUUGUGGAAGAGUACGGAUUAUGGUGUCACGUGGGCGAAAGUUACAUCUUUCACAUGGCCGGGGACUUAUGUCCAGGAUGCGAGUUCAGAGUAUACUGCGGACCCGGUAGGCAUUGCUUGGGUUACGUUUGAUUCUACAUCUGGAACAAAGGGGACGGCCACUCCGAGAAUAUUCGUUGGCGUUGUUGAUGUCGGCGAAUCGGUGUUCAAGUCUGAAGACGGCGGAUCUACUUGGGCCUGGGUAUCUGGCGAACCGCAAUUAGGAUUCCUUCCACACAAAGGUGUUCUAUCCCCCGCGGAGAAAACACUAUACAUCUCAUACGCCAAUGGUGCGGGCCCGUAUGAUGGAACUAAUGGGACGCUUCACAAAUACAACAUUUCGACGGGAGUCUGGACUGAUAUUAGCCCCACUUCUCUGGCUUCCACGAAUUAUGGUUAUGGUGGACUGAGUGUUGACUUGCAAAAGCCCGGAACACUUAUGGUCGCUGCGCUGAAUGAUUGGUGGCCAGAUGAACUUAUUUUCAGAAGCAAUGACUCAGGUGCUACCUGGUCUCCGAUUUGGGCUUGGACAAGCUAUCCCAACCAGGAUCUUUAUGAUGUUUCCGCGGCACCUUGGCUUUUUGAUACCACUUCCACAGACCAAUUCAUCAAAAGAGGAAGGCUUUACGGCACCGGCGCAACAAUCUAUGGAGGGCAUGAUCUUCUAAAGUGGGAUACAGUCCACAAUGUAACCCUGAAGUCGUUAGCAACCGGUAUUGAGGAAACAGCAGCCCUAGCUCUUUUGACUCCUCCCGGGGGGCCGCCCUUAUUAUCAGCCGUUGGAGACAUUGGCGGCUUCUACCACAGCUCGCUCGACACAGCUCCUACCCAAGCCUUCCACAACCCAACAUACGGCACCACUCGAGAUCUCGACUACGCCGGGAACACACCUGCAGAUAUCGUUCGUUCUGGCGACAGCGAUACUGAUAUUAAAAUUGCGCUGUCGUCUGACUUUGGCGCUACAUGGAGUGCUGAUUAUGGCGCUUCAACAACCACUGGCUCGGGAAAGGUUGCUUACUCAGCUGAUGGUGAUACGGUGUUGCUCAUGUCUGGUACGAAUGGAACGCUCGUGUCGCAGUAUACGGGUACCUUUACUGCUGUAUCGACACUUCCGUCUGGAGCUGCUAUUGCUUCUGAUAAGAGGAAUAAUACUGUGUUCUACGGUGGUUCUGCUGGCAGGAUAUCUAGUAUCUACGUAUCUACGGAUACUGCAAAGACUUUUGCGAAAACGGUCGCCCUGGGCUCCUCAACGGCGGUCAAUCAGAUUCGCGUCAACCCGACAGUAGCAGGCGACGUCUGGGCCUCGACCGACACGGGAUUAUUCCACUCUCUCGAUUACGGAAAGACGUUUACUCAGAUUUCCACCUCCACCGGACCAACGGUUGGCUACAGCUUCGUAUCUCUAGCAUUGGGCGCUGGUUCCACAACCUCAGCUUACCCCGUCCUCUACGGCUUCUUCACCAUCUCGGGAACAACGAGCCUCUUCAAGAGCGAGGAUACAGGUGCUACUUGGGCCAUAAUCAGUGAUGCGGCGCACGGGUUUGGAGCUGCGAGUUCGAAUGUUGUGGGUGCUGAUAUAAGUACUUAUGGACGUGUUUUUGCGGGGACGAAUGGGAGGGGCAUAUUCUACGGCUCGCCUUCGUGA